UUCCAAGUUUCAACUUUCUAUGCUUGCUCGAUAAUAAUCAGAUUUUGAACUUUUAGUUUUUCCCAAAAAUAAAACCAAUGAUUACAACCGUUUGUGUUUGUGGUGUAAAUUGUAAAAGGGCAACACAACAAAGCCUGCUUCCUUUUAUAGGCGGUAGUAAAAUAGUUUUCUGUUGUUCUGACGUGCACAUUCUAUUUUUGGAAUGAGUCCACCUCAUUUCUCAAUUCCCGUAGCCAUUUCAGAGCAAUCCUCUUUCUCUCGGAGUCUGGGGUUCGCAUAGUUUCGAGGUUUUCAACUCGCUUCUUUGUCAACUUCCUUUGGUCGGUAAUGGUCGGUAAUUUUGCAAGCUAUAAGCACCAGAUAUCGAUUCAAUUUUACAGUUUAGGGUUCCUUAGUUUUGCCAGUAAAAGUCAUGAAUCUGAGAUUGGAUUUGUGUUAUUGAUAUGAACAUCUGUGGCUUUCCGCAAUUCGCAGCUGGAAGAGGCCAAUUUGUUCCAUCCCAGCUUCGUUGAAUUUGAGUCUCCGACACAUAUUACGACUUGGUGACAUCGAGAUAAAAAAAACUCUGGGAUCGUAUUAUCGUUGAGUCUUGCAAGACUGAAACUAGCAGAUGUAGGAAUUCUAGUUUCGCUGUGAAAAAUUUUCAAAAUGGAAUUCCCUUCCCCACCAAAAGAUAAGCCGAUGGGUUUCUGGGCUUCUCCGAGACCUCAGAUGGAGAAUCCUGCGUCUAUGGAUGGUUUCACAAGGCCAGACGACCCAUUCAACAGCUUCUCUGAGCUCAUGAACUUUGAUACUUACGCUGGGUGGUGUACAAGUCCUUCAGCAGCUGAUCAGAUGUUAGCAUCUUUUGCCCUAUCAGCCGGCUAUGCACCCUAUGAUUACACAAACUUCACAGAACAAGUCAAAUCCGGUUUUCUCCCAACUGAUGGAGAAAUUAAUGGUGGAGAAAGAGUAUCCUUUCCUACCCCAGACACCCAGUUCACCAUACCUGUGAAUUCAUCUGAUGAAAAUGGAAAUGGAAGUUCUUGUCAACAGAAAAACAUUCAAGCAAAUGGAAAUGGUAUCAUCCAUAGGUCACCAGGUGGUCGACCCCUUGCUGAAAAGAUGCUGAAAGCAUUGUCUUUGUUCAAAGAUUCAUCUGGAGCAGGGAUCUUGGCUCAAGUUUGGGUUCCAAUUAUGGAAGGUGAUAAGUAUAUAUUAAGCACUUGUGAACAGCCUUAUUUGCUUGAUCAGAUGCUGGCUGGAUAUCGAGAAGUUUCCAGAGGCUUCACGUUUUCAGCUGAAGUGAAACCUGGUGGCUUUUUAGGGCUUCCAGGUAGGGUUUUCAGCUCAAAAGUUCCUGAGUGGACUUCAAAUGUUUCUCACUAUAAUAAAGGUGAAUACUUGCGAAAAGAUCAUGCACUUAGUCAUGAAGUCCGAGGAUCUAUUGCUCUACCUAUUUUUGAAGAUGACUCCUAUGAUACAUCUUGUUGUGCUGUUCUUGAACUUGUUACAAUGAAAGAGAAGGCUGAUUUCAGUGUAGAGAUGGAUCAUGUUUCACGUGCUCUUGAGAGUGUGAACCUGAAAAGUGUUGCACCUCCUCGACUAUAUAAGCAGUGCCUCUCAAAAAACCAAAUGGCUGCACUAUCCGAAAUAACCGAUGUUCUUCGAGCAGUAUGCCAUGCACACAGACUACCCGUUGCUCUAACAUGGAUCCCAUGUAGCUACAACGAAAAACUCCAUGACGAAACCAUAAAAGUACGUGUCGGAGGGCGAAAACGUAAUUUCAAUUCAUCAGAAAAACCAAUCCUCUGCAUCCAAACCGACGCCUGUUACGUCAACGAACGAGAAAUGCAAGGCUUCAUUCAAGCAUGCAGUGAACAUCACCUUGAAGAAGGACAAGGAAUUGCCGGAAAAGCCCUUCAAUCAAAUCACCCUUUUUUCUACCCUGAUGUGAAAGACUACGAUAUUCGCCAAUACCCACUUGUCCAACAUGCAAGAAAAUUUGGCCUAAAUGCUGCUGUUGCAAUUAGACUCAGGAGUACUUACACUGGUGAUGAUGAUUAUAUCUUGGAGUUUUUUCUUCCUGUUAACAUGAAAGGCUCAACAGAACAACAACUUUUGUUGAAUAAUUUAUCCGGGACUAUGCAGAGGAUUUGUAGGAGUUUGAGGACAGUUUCGGAAAAUGAAUUGUCAGGGGUAGGUGGGGGUGGGGUAGAUGCUGGGUUUCAGAUGGGGGUAGAUGAAAGCUCAUUGCCACUUGAGGUAUCAAGAAGCUCUUCUGAGAAGAAAUAUGUUGAGGGGAGUUUGAUUCCUGCUGAUCAAGUUUCUGUUAAUGCCACUGAAUCUGUUGAUGUUAGGAUUGGACCUCGUCCACCCGAUCAGAUGGUUGGUGGAUCAAGGAGACAAUCAGAGAAAAAGCGAAGUACAGCAGAGAAGAAUGUUAGUUUAAGUGUUCUACAACAAUACUUUUCUGGGAGCCUUAAGGAUGCUGCUAAAGCAAUUGGAGUUUGUCCUACUACACUGAAAAGGAUAUGCAGACAACACGGGAUUUCCCGAUGGCCAUCGCGAAAAAUAAAUAAAGUAAACCGUUCGUUAAAAAAAAUACAAACGGUUCUCGACUCAGUACAAGGAGUGGAAGGCGGGUUAAAAUUCGACCCAACAACCGGUGGACUCGUACCCGCAAACCCGGUCAACCCGGUCAACCAAGACACGCAAAAAUCAGUCAAAGUUGAAGAUGAAUCAUACACGAUAGUCAACAAGUCAACUUCCAUCCCGAUCGUGACAAACUCUAUAAACAGUUUGAAAACUCCAUGGACGUUUUCGAAACCGGAUCAAAGCUCGGGGUGUGAUGACAUGGACACGUGUGAUGACAUGGAAAAAUCCAACCAAUCAACUUCUUCCAGCAUGACGGAUUCGUCAAAUGGGUCGAUGAUGAAUGGAAGUUCAUCGAGUUCUCCGAUUUUUAAAUCACCGAAAAACGAAAUGUUGUUUGGAGAUGAAGGGAAUAAUAAUAAUAAUAGUAAUAAUAAUAAUAAGAUGAUAACUGUAAAGGCUACAUAUAAAGAAGAUACAGUUAGGUUUAAGUAUGAUCCUUUGUCUGGAUGGUUUCAGCUGUAUGAAGAAGUUGGGAAAAGGUUUAAGAUAGAAAGAGGGACUUUUCAGCUUAAGUAUAAAGAUGAUGAAGAGGAAUGGGUUUUGUUGGUUUGUGAAUCGGAUUGGAUCGAGUGUUUGGAGAUUUUGGAGUUUCUUGGGACUCGAAAUGUUAAGUUUCUUGUGAGAGAUGCUACUUUUGGGAUGGGCAGUUCGGGCGGGAGUAACUGUUUCUUGAUGGGCAGUUGUUGA